AUGGGAUUUGCACCAAAAAAAAUCGAUGAGCCUAAGAGAGGUGAUCGUCACACCCUAACCAAAGAGCAGUUGAAGAAGAUUUUCGUAAGACACGACAUCAAUCACGACAAUCAUCUCAGCAGGAAAGAGCUGAAGCAAGCCUUUGACGAACUUGGGGCAUUUUUCCCUAAUUUCAGAGCUGCUCGUGGCCUCAGCCAUGCCGAUGCCAACAAUGAUGGACAAAUCGACAUGGAUGAGCUGGAUGAUCUUGUCAACUACGCUUAUAAACUUGGGUAUACUGUUUCUUAA